AUGUAUGUGAAAUGGUUUGAUACAGUAAUGUUUUACUAUGUGAUUUUAGUGAAUUUAGUGAAUGUCACUUUUUCACAUUUUUAAAUUUCCCGCUGUUCCGUCCGCGUACGUCCUGACAUCGCAGGGAACGGAACCCAGAAGACGGAUCCCGGCAUCGGCCGGAGGACAUUGCCGGGGACACUGCAGGAGGGCCAUCGUGGGAGCGCAGGACAAGGUAAGUGAAGAAGAGAUCCCGGAGCAGCGCUGCAGUGUAUUCCCAAGUGUAGCUCGGGGUUACCGCUUGUGCUACACUCGGGAAUACCUCCAGGGAGGU